CUUGAUUCCAAUCACAUUCCUCUGUUAUCGAGUUCUCUUGUGUCUUCAGGGAAAUGGCGACUGUCACUACUCAAGUCUCGGCCUCGAUUUUCCGACCAUGCACUUCGAAGCCAAGGUUCCUCACCGGUUCUUCCGGCAGAUUGAACCGUGACUUGUCGUUUAAAUCAAUCGGCUCAAAAACGACCUCUUUUAAGGUUGAAGCUAAGAAAGGAGAAUGGUUGCCCGGUUUGGCUUCUCCUGGUUAUCUCAAUGGCAGUCUUGCUGGUGACAAUGGGUUUGAUCCAUUGGGACUAGCAGAGGAUCCAGAGAACUUGAAAUGGUUCAUUCAGGCAGAGCUUGUCAACGGACGGUGGGCCAUGCUCGGCGUCGCUGGGAUGCUUUUGCCUGAAGUUUUCACCAAGAUCGGAAUCAUCAAUGUUCCUGAGUGGUAUGAUGCUGGAAAGGAGCAGUACUUUGCAUCAUCAUCAACAUUGUUCGUGAUUGAAUUCAUAUUGUUUCAUUACGUUGAGAUCAGAAGGUGGCAAGAUAUUAAGAACCCAGGAAGUGUGAACCAAGACCCUAUCUUCAAGCAAUACAGCUUGCCUCCAAAUGAAGUUGGUUACCCAGGAGGUAUCUUUAACCCGCUUAACUUCGCUCCUACGCUCGAGGCCAAGGAGAAAGAGCUAGCAAACGGGAGGUUGGCGAUGUUGGCAUUCUUAGGGUUCGUGAUUCAACACAAUGUGACUGGAAAGGGACCAUUCGAGAACCUGUUGCAGCACUUGUCUGACCCAUGGCACAACACUAUUGUCCAAACCUUCAGCUGAAGAUUUAAGACAGACUUAUGAAUCUCUCUUUCUUCUGCUGCUACCUUCAUGUCUUAGCUUUGUGUGUUUCGUUUCGUCAUAGAGUUCUUGGUUCUUGAGCGUGAAACAGUAUGAAAUUGUUGUAGCUCCAUGAACGAAUUUAAAACCUUCAGUGUACAGAACUAAGUUCAUCAAGAUUGUGAUACUCUUUAAUAUCUCUCUCUAUUUGUGAGGUACAAUGAUAUAA